AUGCUGCCCAUUGUGGAUCACCUGCUGCGCCUGCUGGGGCUCGAGAAGACGACAUUCCGUCUGUAUGCCAUGUCCAUGAUCCUCCUCUCCCUGCUCUUCUUCCUCUUCCGCCUGCUGCUGCAGUUCCUGCGGGUCUGCUGGCGCUUCUACAUCACCUGCCGCCGCCUGCGCUGCUUCCCCCAGCCACCGCGGCGCAACUGGCUGCUGGGCCACCUGGGCAUGUACCUUCCAAAUGAGGCAGGACUCCGAGAUGAGACAAAGGUGCUGAACGACAUGCACCAUGCGAUCCUUGUGUGGAUGGGACCUGUCCUACCGCUGGUGGUGCUGGUGCACCCCGACUAUAUCAAGCCUGUGUUGGGCGCCUCAGCGGCCAUUGCUCCCAAGGAUGACCUUUUCUAUGGCUUCCUGAAACCAUGGCUGGGGGAUGGGCUGCUGCUCAGCAAAGGUGACAAGUGGAGCCGCCACCGCCGUCUGCUUACGCCUGCCUUCCACUUUGACAUCCUGAAGCCCUACAUGAAGAUCUUCAACCAGUGCACGGAUACCAUGCAUGCCAAAUGGCGGCGCCAGGCAGAGGGCUCAGUGGUCUCUCUCAACAUGUUUGAGCAUGUCAGCCUCAUGACCUUGGACAGCCUUCAGAAAUGUGUCUUCAGCUACAACAGUAACUGCCAGGAGAAGAUGAGUGAUUAUAUCUCGGCCAUCAUUGAGCUAAGUGCCCUGGUGGUUCGACGCCAGUAUCGUCUGCACCACUACUUCGAUUUCAUCUACUACCUCACAGCAGAUGGGCGGCGUUUCUGGCAGGCCUGUGACACUGUGCACCACUUCACCACCGAGGUCAUCCAGAAGCGGCGGCAGGCUCUGCGCAAGCAGGGAGCUGAGGCCUGGCUGAAGGCCAAGCAGGGCAAGACCUUGGACUUCAUCGAUGUGCUCCUCCUGGCCAAGGAUGAAGAUGGGAAGGAACUGUCUGAUGAGGACAUCCGAUCUGAGGCUGACACCUUCAUGUUUGAGGGUCAUGACACAACCUCCAGUGGGCUCUCGUGGGUGCUGUUCAACUUGGCGAAGUACCCAGAGUACCAGGAAAAGUGCCGGGAGGAGAUUCAGAACGUCCUGAGAGGCCGGGAGCUGGAUGAGCUGGACUGGGAUGACCUGACCCAGCUGCCCUUCAUCACUAUGUGCAUCAAAGAAAGUCUCCGUCAGUUCCCGCCCGUGACCCUUGUCUCCCGCCGCUGCACGGAAGACGUCAAGCUCCCAGAUGGGCACAUCAUCCCCAAAGGAAUCAUCUGCCUGGUCAGCAUCUAUGGGACCCACCACAACCCCUUAGUGUGGCCGGACUACAAGGUGUACAACCCCUACCGCUUUGACCCGGACAACCCGCAGCAGCGCUCACCGUUGGCGUAUGUGCCCUUCUCUGCGGGACCCAGGAACUGCAUCGGACAGAGCUUCGCCAUGGCUGAGAUGCGCGUGGUGGUAGCGCUGACGCUACUGCGCUUCCGCCUGAGCGUGGACCGAACGCGCAAGGUGCGGCGGAAGCCCGAACUCAUCCUGCGCACCGAGAACGGCAUCUGGCUGAACGUGGAGCCGCUGCCUCCAUGGGCCUGA